CAGGGCGUCUACUACAAGCGGCGUUGUGGGACGUGUAAGUAGCGGCGAUCCGGACUGGGGGCUAAGAAAAGUGGGACUGUUGGGCUGUAGGAUUAAUGUCAUUCAGCCAAAGAGCUGGUACUUAACAACUGCCGUAAAGCAAAACUCGAGUGAAGGUUUUUUUCAUUAAAUACCUGCCAGCCCAACAUAUUCCACCAUGGAUGACAUGACGGCAGAAGAGAUUCAGCUUAAAGCUAAUCAGGUCGCAGAUGAGUCUCUGGAGAGUACUCGAAGGAUGCUGAAUCUGGCACUAGAGAGUCAGGAUGCUGGAAUCAAGACUAUCACUAUGCUGGAUGAACAAGGAGAACAACUGGACCGCAUUGAGGAAGGAAUGGAUCAAAUCAACAAGGACAUGCGAGAGGCGGAAAAGAACCUAACAGAACUAAAUAAAUGCUGUGGCUUGUGUGUUUGUCCUGGCAAAAGGUCAAAGGAUUUUGAGACUGGGGAAAACUACAAAAAGGCUUGGGGCAGUAAAGACAAUGACUCCGAUGUUGUAUCAAAGCAACCCGGACAAACAAAUGGACAGCUGAGUGGAGCGGGACAGAGUGGUCCGUACAUAAAGAGGAUAACAAAUGAUGACCGUGAAGAUGAGAUGGAUGAAAAUCUAGUGCAAGUAGGCAGUAUCCUGGGAAAUCUGAAGAACAUGGCAAUUGACAUGGGCAAUGAACUUGAAAGCCAUAACCAACAAAUUGGAAGAAUAAAUGAGAAGGCGGAGACUAACAAAACUCGUAUUGAUGAGGCAAAUACCAAAGCCAAGAAACUAAUUGAGUGAAUUUGGGAAGUCCUGAGUCCUCCUGAACCUGUGAUAAUGGCAAUGAAGCAUUCUAUCCUUUUAGAGUUUGUAGAAAGUAGCAUGAGCCUAUGAGCCAUCAACCACUGGGAUUUUGCUUUCAGAGCACCCAACUUGUCUUUCGUUAAGCAUACAUAGCCUACCUGAAGCAUGUUUCACUGUAUAUCAGUGGCAUAACUAUAAAGGAAGCAGACCCUUCAGUCGCGGGGGGUGGGGGGUUGGGCAGUGUCUGCGUCUUCUAUAGUUGUACAUAUCCCCGCUUGUUCUCAGGUAAGAUACGGGCAGAAUGGGGGGUGGGGGGCUGGUUAUGGGUUCCUGUGCAUGCCCGGCCCCUCUGAAGAUUUUUUUGUAGGGGUCCGGCACUGCGUACUUACGCCACUACUGUAUAUAUUGCUGUAUUUGCUCUUGUGCCUUACUUUAGAAUUUAGCUGGGUUGAUUUAACCUACAAAAUCUGGAAUUUUUUGUUUUUUACAUUUUUCUACACUAAAGAGACUUAAAAAUUGCAAAAAUCUCUAACCAUAGCUUCUGUCUUUAGUGGGUUAAUGUUCCAUAAUGAUGCUUAGAUGUAUACCUUUAAGUCUUUCAUUAAUGGUGUGUUGCACAACAUGUCUUUACAGGGCUUCAGAACAACAGAAGGUGCUGAAAAGUGGCACUUGACUUUUUAGAGUGGUGGCGCACAUAGCUUUCCGGGGAGUUUAGUCGCCCAGCGACAAAUCUCCUUCUUCGGGCAACUAAUCUCCCCGAAAUGCUGGGCGACUGAUCUCCCCGGAACGUUACUUGUGCCAUCACCCAUAGUGUCUGUAAACUUUCUGUAAAAGAAAUCUCCUUUACCAGAGGGAGAUGUUCAUUGCAUUGUACAUGAAUUCUAACUGAACUCUGCCACCAUCUUAUUUUCUGACACUUAAAUGUAUAUACAUCCCUCUCCCCCCCCCCAACUGCUGAUCCUUAAACACCUCAAUCAAUCACCAGGUACCCCUCCAAAGAACAUGUUGUUAUACAGUAUAUUGAUCUAACAUUAGCUAGUGGCGAAUGGAUUUACUCUAAAGAGACCAUAUUAGACCCAUAUUACAUGAGAUCCCCAAACAUUGGUUAUUCAGGCUGCCAUUUGCUGGAAUGAGUCCUGGAACCUGCCUAAGACUAGCCAGCAAUUUAUUUUAUGGACAAUGGAUUAUUCAUAUACUACUAUUCUUUAUUUCAAUUGGUGUGCAACUAUGGAAGGUGCUUUUAAAAAGCGUAUGAAGGAUUUUUAAACCAAUUCUGUAGCAGUAAUUGUGUUGUAUCUGACACAUGUGCUUGUAAGGGCAGAGAAAAUACUUUUCUGUAGACUUAUCGUCUGUAUAACUUUGCAUUUUUUAGUCUCCAUCUUGUCUCAUUUUAUAUAAUAGUUAAAAUGUUAAAUUAAACUUGAAGUAGCAGUUUUCAUAUUUGAAAUGUAAAGUGUCUGGCUGCUAGGACUUAAUUACCAUGGCAACCUGGCUGCAACCUGUCAUUAUGAAUAGGUGACAGCCUGAUAGGAAAGAUGAGCAAUAAAAGAAAAAAGCACAAAUUGAAAUGUUGCUUAGCAUAAAUCCAUCUAAAUGUGACUAAAAGUUUAUUUAAAAUAUAGCAUUUCCUUUAAACCUGUACCAAAUUUUUUUUUUGUAGCACUUUAAAAGGGAACUCAUGAUCAAUAUGUUUUAUCUCCUGAAAAAAAAUCUGUUGGGGAAGUGUGUACCUUUUCUGAAAUGUUAUGUUUUUAUUGCCCCCACUCCGCUUUCUACUUGGGGGACUUUGUGCUGGAUUUAAAGUAUAUUUCUGAAUAAUUGAUCCCUGUAAGUAGAAUAACCCAAAUCAGCAGUCUACUGAGAAGCCUUCUGUAAAAUCAGCAGCUCUUUAGCUGAAAGCCUAACAUGCUGCUGCUGGGACAAGGGAGUGGUUUGUUUAUACAGAGGGCAUCUCUGAGGACUUCGGGUUUGGUUGGUGACUUUAGUUCAGCGCAAGAAAUAACAAAAAAAAAAUGUAUUUCCUGAUUGAAACAAUAGGCAAAAAGUUUGUUUAGGACAAGCCAGAUUCAGUAAAUUAAUGUUUAAAAAUGGGGGUACAUUGGCCCUUUUAUCUGACCAUGUGUUUUAAAGGAACAGUAACACCAAAAAAAUUUGCGUUUUAAAGGAAUGACAAUGUAAUGUACUGUUGCCCUGCACUGGUAAAAUUGGUGUGUUUGCUUCAGAAACACAACUAUAGUUUUAUAAACAAGCGGCUUUGUAGCCAUGGGGGCAGCCAUUCAAGCAUAGGAUACACAGUAGAUAACGGAUAAGUUCUGAAGAAUCCCAUUGUAUACUGCAGAGCUCAUCUGUUAUCAGCAGUGUAUCCUGUGCCUUUUCUCCUUUUUCAGCUUUGAAUGGCUGCCCCCAUGGCUACACAGCAGCUUAUUUAUAUAAAUUAUUUGAAGCAAACACAUGAGUUUUACCAUUGCAGCACAACAGUACAUUAUAUUUUCAUAUGCCACAUUGUCUGGGGGACAUUUGUCAUUAUUGCACCAUGUACAUUUAACAGCUAGGUGUGUAGUUGAUAUAGGUGAUAGAGAAUGCUUCGGUUAAAGGUAAAAUAUACCCGAUUUUUGCUUUUUCCAAUGAAUCCCAUUAGGUUAUAGGCCAUUCUGAACACAUGGCCUUGUUUAACUACAUGAUGGUGCUUUCUCUGACAGGACAAAAUUACAUGUUAAGACUGCAAUGAAACAGAGCUUCCAGUGGCCACUGUAUCAAAAACAAUAGCAUUUAAAUGAAACCGCUCUCAAACAUGGGCAAAACUUUAAUGCAGGAAGUCAAUUUACAAUCCGUAAUUCAUAAAUACCUUCUGCUGUAGUUUCCUCUGCUAUAUGUGUGGGAGUUGGUUAGAUUUGUGUUUAAAUGUUUUUAAAUGUAGGAUUUUUACUCUAAACAUUUUUAGCUAAGUAGUCUAAAGGAGAAUUCAAUCAUCAUAAACUUAAAUAGAUCCCCGACCCUCCUCCCUCCAGCCUAAUGUUACCCCGGGCAAAUACCCCUAACGGUUUACUUGCCCCUCUUUGCAGAUUCAGCCAUCGGAGUUCAUGGGCGCCAUCUUCUUCUCUUCGGAAAUCUACAGAACGAGACCGGCAUGUCGGCACAUGUGCAGUUAAAGCAAUUUUCUGUGUCGCGACAACUGCGCAUGCGCCGAAACUCACGAAGAUUGGUGAAGCGCCGGUCUGAUUCUGACGAUUACCGAAGCGGCUAAAGAUGGCGCCUGUGAACGGAGGGGUAAGUAAAAAGUAUGGGGCUUUUGCCUGGGGUAACACUUAGGCUGGGGUGGAGGAGAGGGGAGGGUCUAUGUAAGGUAGGGGUUUUUUAAGUUUAGGGUUGAAUUAUCUUUUAAAAGCAAAGUAAUUAAAGAGUUUUGCGCCAGGACUAGUAACUAACCAGCUGCAGUUUGAAGAGAAACAUCGGACCUUUGCUGUGGGUUAGGAUAACUGGUAGAAACUUCAUUACACAUCAUAGCUGAAAUGCAUACACCUUCUCCACUCAGCAUUUUCCAUGUCACUUGGCUACAAAUUUCAGACUUGCCAAUGGCAUUUUGAGAGUUUAGUGCAAGAACUACUGUAAUGGCAUUUUAACCUCUUCUGUGCCACAGGAAAAAAAGUUUAGCCCACCUACGUUAUGGUGUUUUCAAAAGGAGCUUUUUUCCAGUGUCUAGCUAUUACGUGCCUCCCUAUUAAGUCUUUUAGAUACCAUCAGUCACAGCCUUGCAGAGUGUAAUUUGGAAAAGGGAGAAUUGACAACAGGUGUUUUCCUGCAGCUGUAUAGUAGAACACAUUGUAUGGAUUAAGUUUUUAACAGAGAAUCCUUAUUAGCUAUUUCUUAAUACAUCUGAGCUGCCACACCACUUAGUGUUGACAUACAAUGAAUUGUAUCCAUAUCGGUUAUAAUGACUGGUUCCAAAUGUGUUUUUAAAUUUUCUAAGCAUUAAAGCCAUACAACACACGUUUCAAAAUUUGUAGCUGGUUGGUAUUGGGCUUCUUAAAGGAAACAGUUCAGUGUUAAAAUAACAACUUGGUAAAUAGGCUGUGCAGAAUAAAAAGGUAGUUUGCCAAAAAAUCUAUAGGGAACGGAUGUCUUGCAUAAUCGCCAGAACCCAGCUUUCUGCUUUA